AGAUCAGGAUCACCUGUAAUCAGCUCUGUGUCUAUGAAGAGUGAUCAUUCUCAAGAUGACAGACCAAACUUCAGUGAAAAAACACCAUCAGCUACCCAAAGUGAAAGAUCAGGAUCACCUGUAAUCAGCUCUGUGUCUAUGAAGAGUGAUCAUUCUCAAGAUGAUAGACCAAACUUCAGCGAAAAAACACCAUCAUCUGUAAUCAGCUCUGUGUCUAUGAAGAGUGAUCAUUCUCAAGAUGAUAGACCAAACUUCAGCGAAAAAACACCAUCACCUGUAAUCAGCUCUGUGUCUAUGAAGAGUGAUCAUUCUCAAGAUGAUAGACCAAACUUCAGUGAAAAAACACCAUCAUCUGUAAUCAGCUCUGUGUCUAUGAAGAGUGAUCGUUCUCAAGAUGAUAGACCAAACUUCAGUGAAAAAACACCAUCAACUACCAAAAGUAAAAGAGCAGGAUUACCUGUUAUCAGAUCUAUGUCUAUGAAGAGUGAUCAUUCUCAAGUUGACAGACCAAACAUCAGUGAAAAAACACCAUCAGCUACCAAAGGUAACCAGCGGCAGAGUACCUUAGUAAAUAUUGGUUUAGAAAUUACUCGGUGGACAACACUUAAGGAGCAGAAGGGAAUAAAGAGUGAUGUAGAACUGGCAUCUUUUCUUCUGAACAUGGUUCAGUUUGAGACAUCAGAUGCAGGCUUUAAAAAUUACAGGUUCCGCAAGAAUUUCCAAGAACACCUUCUCUGGAUAUUUCAGGACCUUGAGAACAAAAUAAUUACAUUUCUGAAGAAUGAGCUGGAAAGAUUUAAGAAAUUAUUGAAAAAAGAAAACACACAAUACUUUGUGAAGGACCUCAAGGAGGAUAGAAACAACAUCAGAGAAGCAGCUCUUGAUAUCACACUCUACUUUCUGAGAAGUAUGAAACAACAUGAACUUGCUGAUUUUCUGGAAGAUGAGCUUGUCUUCAUUCAUCAAAGACAAUUGAAAUCAAACCUAAAGAAGAAGUAUCAAUGUGUAUUUGAAGGGAUUGCUAAGCAGGGUGACUCCACACUUCUGAAUAAGAUCUACACAGAUCUGUACAUUACUCAAGGUGGAGGUGAACAGGUGAAUACUCAGCAUGAGAUAAGACAGAUAGAGGCCGCCUCCAAACGACUAGAAUCACCAGAGAUACAGAUUGAAUGCACAAAUUUAUUUCAGCCACCUAGACAAGACCAGAUCAUCAGAACUGUAGUAACGAAAGGAGUCGCUGGCAUUGGAAAAUCUGUCUCUGUGCAAAAGUUUGUUCUGGACUGGGCUGAAGGAAAAGAAAAUCAGGAUAUCAGUUUUAUAUUUCCCGUUCCUUUCCGAGAGAUGAACCUAAAGGAAAAACAAACACCAAGUUUAAUGAACCUUAUAAAUCACUUUUUCCCAGAGAUAAAAGGACUGAACCUUACAAGAAAUAACAAGUUUAAAAUUCUGUUCAUCUUUGAUGGAUUGGAUGAAUGUCGUCUUCCUCUGAUAUUUGAGGGUAAUGAGGCAUGGAGAGAUAUCACAUCACCUGCUCCUCUGGAUGUUCUCCUGACAAACCUCAUCCAAGGAAAUCUGCUUCCUUCUGCUCUCAUCUGGAUAACUACCAGACCAGCAGCAGCCGGUAAGAUUCCUCCUGUCUGUAUUGACCGAGUGACAGAGGUACGAGGAUUCAAUGACGCACAGAAGGAAGAGUACUUCAUAAAAAGAUUCUCAGAUGAGAAUAUGGCCAACGCAAUCAUUGAUCAUGUAAAAAAAUCAAAGAGUCUGUAUAUCAUGUGCCACAUCCCAGUGUUCUGCUGGAUUUCAGCCACCGUCCUCCAGAACAUUCUAGAGAAUAAAAAUAAUCAACAGUCUGAUGACACAACCAAAACACUUCAGGAAUCAAACACUGAUGAUACUCCUAGAACUCUGACACAAAUGUACACACACUUUUUUCGCUUUCAAAUACAACAGAGUAGAAAAAAGUAUGAUGGAGAACACUCACCAGAUAUCUCCUGGGAUAAAGACGUUAUCCUUUCUCUGGGCAAACUGGCAUUUCAACAGCUGGAAAGAAACAACCUGAUCUUCUAUGCAUCAGACCUGGAGGCCUGUGGCAUUGACGUCUCUAAGGCAUCAGUGUACUCAGGGAUGUGUACUCAGAUCUUUAAACAGGAGACAGGGAUCAUUCUGGGUACCAUGUACUGCUUUGUUCACAUGAGCAUUCAGGAGUUCAUUGCAGCUCUGUAUGCACAUCUGUUUCUAGACAUUGAAAAGAAAAACGCCUUUGUUCAAGAGCAAAUGGGACAUGACAACAACCAAACAAUGAUUGGUUUACUGAAGACUGCUGUGGAUAAGGCACUUGAAAGUGAGAAUGGACACUUGGACCUUUUCCUCCGCUUUCUUCUCGGUCUGUCACUUGAGUCCAAUCGACCACUCUUACAAGGUCUGUUGACAUGGCAAGACAGCAAUGAGCAGAGCUACAAGGAAAUAGUUGCAUACAUCAAGCAGAAGUUUGAUGAAAAUUCAUCUCCAGAGAGAUCCAUCAAUCUGUUUUACUGUCUGAAUGAAUUGAAUGAUCAAUCUCUGGUACAAGAGGUUCAAAAGCACAUUAGAGAAGGAAGUCUGUCAUCUGCUGAUCUCUCACCUGCUCAGUGGUCUGCCCUGGUCUUUGUGUUGCUGACAUCAGAUGAGGAGCUGGAGGACUUUGAACUUCAGAAAUUCAAGAAAUCAGAUGAAUGUCUCAUUAGACUAUGGCCAGUGGUCAAAGCCUCCAAACGAGCUCUGUAA